AACGUUCUAAGAGUGACGUGUACAAGUCAGUUGAGCUUGAGGCGCUGUUGAGGAGCUUGCGUUUGUUGGAGCCGGAAGCACGUUGGUUGUUACGUGUAUUUAUUUACAAAUAGUUGUUCUCGGCGAAUGAAGUUGUGAUGGAAUUGCUGCCACUCAGACUCAACACGGACGUUGAAAAUGUGGUCAAAGCAACGUUUGAAGUUUCCCUUAAGGAGGGGAAUGCCCCAGAAGGAAGUACAGACAGUCGACUCUCCAACCUGCUGAAGUGGCUGGGUCUCCCACCUGGAUACACAACACUGAGGAUAAACACAUGCAGUCAACCCACAGAGAGUGUUCUGGAGGCCCUUCGGGACACUCUAGCAGAGCAAUGCAUCGUGAGAGAUGUGGAACCUUUUGAAAUGUCCCCUCAUCCUGCAGUCAAGGACUGUAUGGUCAUCACAAACAGAGGACCCAAGUUGGAUAUCAAACUGUGUGACAAGGAAGUGGUUGUGGACCUGGCAUGUGGCAUGGCGGUGUUGCGUGGAGCCAACGUCUUCGUCCAGGGCAUCAUGGCGGCUCCCACAAGUGUGCACACCGGUGACCAGGUGUCGGUAUACGCUGACCUGAACGGAGAGUGUCGUAAAGGUCUCACGCAGAAGUUCACAGGUCACAAGAUGUUCGUGGGUAAUGGAGUCGCCCAUGUAGGAAGGGAUGAAAUCUUCUGCAGCUCAGAGGGACUAAGUGGUGUUGGUAUAAGGAUGACACAACCAGUUUUCGAGGCGCCAUCUCUGGACCAAGUUCUACCUGCUCAGGUGUUCCCACAGAAUCUUCCAUCCAUUGUGUGUGGCCGUGUCCUUGACCCCCAGCCAGGGGAGACAAUUCUGGAUAUGUGUGCAGCACCUGGUGGGAAGACCGUCCAUAUCGCCACACUAAUGCAGAAUAAGGGGAGAGUUGUAGCUCUGGACAAAACCCCACAGAAACUUGCUCGUGUUGAGAAAAAUGCAGCUAAUUGGGGUAUAACUAUCAUAGAGACCUACAGCGGCGACUCUCGUAAGGCUCUCGAUGACCAGGCAGCAAUAAGUGGCGGCCCACCCUACCCGUCAUGUAGUUUUGACCGUAUACUACUGGAUGCUCCAUGCAGUGCCCUGGGCCAGCGUCCGGCCAGUCGGAACAGAAUGAAACUCUCUGAACUCAUGUCUUACUCAGUCUACCAGAGAAAACUAUUUUCCAAGGCGGUGGAGCUGCUGAAACCUGGAGGGGUGCUGGUGUUCAGUACCUGUACAGUGACGAGGGAGGAGAACGAGGGACAGGUGGGGUGGGCACUACAAACCUUCCCCAACCUUUGCCUCCUCACACAGGACCCUCACAUUGGAGGUAUAGGACUCCCAGGUGAAGGCUUGUCAGAGGGGGAUCGGUGUAAAGUCCAGAGAUUCGACCCCAGUGUCCUGACACCAGACACACAGACCCCGGACACAGACACCAUAGGGUUCUUUAUUGCCAAGUUCCAGAAAACAAGCUGACCUUGCCUGACUGACCAGGAGGGUGUCCUGUUCAAGUUCUGAAGGACAAUCUAGUCUUGCCUUACUGACCAGGAAGUUGUCAAUAUGGCCAAGUUCUAGAGGACAAGAAAGUUGUCAACACGGUCAUGUGCUGGAGGACAAGCUAGUUGUCAACAUGGUUGUGUCCCAGAGGACCAGCUAGUUGUCAACAUGGUCAUGUACUGGAGGACAAGCUAGUUGUCAACAUGGUUGUGUCCCAGAGGACCAGCUAGUUGUCAACAUGGUUAUGUACUGGAGGACAAGCUAGUUGUCAACAUGGUUGUGUCCCAGAGGACCAGCUAGUUGUCAACAUGG